CAUAGACACACUACUAGGUACGCAAAGCAAAUAAGCACAACAAUAAAAAAAAAAUACUAUUCGCAACGCGAGCUUUCUUUGUUGGAUUAUGUUAAUAUUAUGUAAAGUCCUAGAGUAUUUGUGAUCUCAAUUAAAUUAGUAUCUUAGUGAGUAUUUCUAUUAGUGGAUUUCUGCUUUAAAAUUGUGAUUAUUACGUUGUGUACAGUAAAUGACGCAAUAGGGAAAGUGCAUCAUGAUGAGCGAUACGAAAUCUUUUGUUAAUUUCUCGUGCCAACGCUGUUUACAGCCCUUGAAGCUCGAUGAUACUCUUAAUAACCUCGGGGAGCACACUAUUGCCGAUUUAGCGCUUCAAAUACGAAGAAAUAAUGAGGUUGAUUUGGAUUUGCAAUCUUCAAGUUUAGAACAUUAUGUGCCUCCUUUUCGCAUGUCGGACUCGGGGAACGGCACAAACGGGUUUAUGGUCAUCUCGGAUGGGUGGGAAACCACAUCUUUAGGCCACCAGUUACACGUGAAAGCUACUUUAUUUGAUUUACUAUCAAAUAAUUCCGAUGUGGACCACCCUUUGUGUGAUGAAUGUACUGAUACGCUUCUAGAAUUGAUGGAUAAUCAGUUGCGGCAAACUGAGGCUGAAUGGAAGGACUACAAUGAUUAUUUAAAAAAAUUAGAGGAUGACAAAGAAGAUUUGAAUUUGGAAGGACUCGAAAAAGAGUUAGAUGAUUGGAAGCAGGAACAAACCAGGUUAUUACAAGAAUUAUCAGCGCUUCAGAAAGAAGAAAAAGCUAUGAAAGGAGAGAUUGAGGUACAGGAAGCGGAGAAAGAAAGGUUGGAGAAGCAACAGGAUCUAUAUUGGAAAGAGUUCAUGAAGUAUCGUAAAGAUUUGAUGACAACGGAAGAUCAGAUGAAGUUUUACGAAUGCCAGUUAGCAUACACACAAUCGCAGUUAGAGAAAUUGAAAAAGACAAAUGUGUUCAAAGCUACUUUCCAUAUAUCGGAUUCGGGGCAAUUCGGUAUUAUAAAUAAUUUCAGAUUAGGACGAUUGACAACAGCUCCUGUAGAUUGGUCAGAAAUAAACGCUGCUUGGGGUCAAACAGUUUUACUCUUAUCUUCUUUAGCGAGGAAAAUCAGCUUUUCGUUCCAACGGUACCGUUUAGUUCCGUACGGAAACCAUUCUUACAUAGAAGUUUUGGAGGACCAAAAAGUAUUACCAUUGUACGGUUCCGGCGGGUUCCGUUUUCUCUGGGAUACAAAGUUCGAUGCAGCAAUGGUAGCUUUUUUGGAUUGCCUUCAGCAGUUUAAAGAACAAGUUGAAAAGGGAAAUACAGGGUUUUGCUUGCCGUACAGAAUUGACAAAGGCAAGAUUGAGGAUAAAGCAUCACCCCCUAAUGCGUAUUCCAUCAAAAUUCAGUUCAAUUCGGAAGAUCAUUGGACAAAAGCAUUAAAAUACAUGUUGACAAAUCUAAAAUGGGCAUUAACUUGGAUUUCAUCGCAAUUUAGCGAGGAAAAAAAUGAUCAAUAAGUCUGUGAUAUUAAAUGAUUAUUAGUCUAAUUUUAAUGUAAGAUAGUUUAUAACAUGACAAUUUGUCAGUUGAUAGAGCACUGUAUUAAUUCUUAAUAAUGGAUAUUUCUUAGUGCACUGUGUAAUUAUUCUAAAACAGUUGUUAUAAUCUGCUUUUGACUUAUAUUAUUGACAGUCUUGCGUGAUAUCUCUAAGUUAGAUAUAAUUUGGAAUAUUAAAAGAAACAGCCGUUUUAGAUUAAUUACGGAAAACUACUUUGUUCUAAGGCCAUAAAGUACCUUUUUGUGGGAUGUCAAAUUAUUCCCCACAUGUAUAUUUAGUGCUGUGAUUCCCUUUAUUUUAUAGAAUUUUCUUUGUGUAUGAUCCUCAAUAAAGAAGUACAUAAAAUAAAAUAU